CACCCAGUGCUCAUCCCAAAAGGUGCCCUCCUCAAUACCCAUCACCCACCCUCAAAAAAAAUUUUUUUAAGUGGAAAAGUGAGGUGAGACCAUCAGAGAAACCUGCACUCCCCAGGGCAGAAGUGAGGAUAAAGGUAGAGUUUGUAACCACAAAGUCACCUGUGAACCCAGCCAGGCCUGGUCUUUGCUCUGGCAACGUCCGGCUGCCCAGGGCCUGAUUCAGAAACACAGCUGGGAGAGGGGGGCUGGGGUUUCCCCAGGUGAGUGGAAUGGAAGGAGAGAGAAGGCAAGAGUUGAAGGUAUUUUUGAGGAGGGUUUAUAAGGAUGGCUCUUGUCAUUGAGACAACACGUAGGGAAGUGAGGUCAGAGGCCUCUGUCGGAGAGGGAGAAAAUGCAGAGAAAAGGCGUGAGGGCAGGAAGCAGCCCAAGGAUCACAGUGACAAGGGGCACUUGCACCUGAGGGUGAACCGAGGAAGGAGGUGGGGGGAGGGGAUAUCAGAGGAGAUGCGGUCUCUGGUCAUGAUUUAGGUACAGGGUGUGCUUACAGGAGAAAGGGGCAAAGGUGGAGGGCUCCUCGAAUUCAUUCAUUCAUUCAUUCAUUCAUUCACUCGCUCAUUCAUUCACUGACUCACUCAAUAACGCUUUUGCUCCGUAUUAGGCACUUUGGUGGUACAAAGAAGCAAUCCAUUCAGCCAGGGUGCCCAGGGAGGUUGAGUCUGGAAAGACAAAUUAAAGUUCUCUGGGGUGACGAAAAGAAGCAGUGUUCCAGGAGGCAAGCAGACCAUACGCAAAGGUGUGGGGGUGGGUGUGAAACAGCUUGGCCCCUUUGUGAGGACGGACAUAGCAUGGCCAGAGGAUGGGCGCGUGUGGGGCAGGAGGAGGGGGUCAGGUAGGGACUGGAUCGUGGCAAGCCUGGGGAGCCAGGUGGAAGGGUGUGGACACACUACUAAGCAGUGAGAAGCCACUGAAGGAGGAGGUGGGUUUGAUCAGAUUUGUGGCUUUGGCAGUGCGGAUCGUGGAUUGCAGGGGAGCCCAGUGGGGAGUAGGGAGGCAGGUGGGGGGUUUGGAUGGAGCAGGUGAGGGGUGAUGAAGCCUGGAGGAUGGAGAGCCUCGUGGGUGCUGGGCCUGGGAACGGAGCAGGUAUACACCAACCAAAACUGUGCCUCAACUGGCCUAGCCAGGGAGGGCACUUUCCCUCUCACAUACCAAGACAUCCAGAUGUGAAGGGGCUUCAGGGCUGGUGAAGAGGGCAGGAGAGAAAUUUAGGGUGAAGUGCAGAUUUUGAAGGGAGAGACAAGGAGUCCGUCUGGGGCCGCUGGGAUCAGCGGGAGGAGGUGCCAGGCUGGCUGUGCCAUCUGUGGGUCUGGAGCCCAGGGUUGAGCCCAGGUGAGCGAAGAGAGGCGGGGACCGGGCGGCAGUCGUUAAACAGACCUGUACCAAUGUGCCAGGCACCAGAAUCAGUGGUGACCCCAAACCCCAGGCUGUGAGGAGUCUGGUGGGGGAGAUAGAUACCACCAGGCAAUCACAUAGGCAGGGCAUGAAUUACCAUUUAUCUUAGAGCUUUGAAGGCUCUGGCUGCACAAAGCUCUGACCUGACCGGUCUGGGGCCACUGGGGAAGUGGGAACAGAUGCGGCAAAGCCAUAGUGACCAUGGAAAGGAGGUGGGUGGCGGCUACCCCCCCCCCCCGGGGCAGGGAUGGACACAACGAGGAGGGGUCCGUGCUGUCAAAAGGAAAACAGGGCUACAGACCAGGCCCUGGAGAAGCAGUGUUUUCCAGGAGUGGGAAGGAGGAGUUCACAAAGCUGAGGUGGAGACAGUGGCCAGAGGGACAGGACAGGCCCUCCUCUCAGGAAGAAAGGCAGUGGCAGUGUGAGGUGCCUGAGGGGGACCAGGAGGGCCAGCUGAGGAGACACCGCUGGGUCUGUCCUCUGGGGGCCUCCAGGGACUCCAGUGAGUGUAGUUUCCACGAAUGCUGGGGCGGAGCCAGACUGUCUCUGGUUCUCUGUCGUCCCGCUUGGGCCCGUGAAGGGCAGAGUGGACAGCAUCAGGCCAGAGGACUGUUGCCGGGCGUGGCCUGUGAACUGGGAGGGAGCCCAGCAGCCAUGGGGUCUCUCUCCAGGGCCAUCCGGCAGGUCAGUGUCUUCUGUGUGGGCGUGUCUGUAGGGCAGCGACGGGCUGAAGGCGGGAAGGUGUGUAGCAAAUGGUAGGGUAUGACUGUGGGGCGUGUGCGUGUGUGUGUGCACAUGUGUGUGCUCACACACGCGCUCCCAUGCACACGAUGGGGCCGAUGAGCAGCUGAGGGACGGGGUCAGCAGGGAUGAGCAGAGUCAUCCCCGUGGAAACACGACUCCCUGGGUGAUGGUAGGGAGCAGCUGGGCGGCCAGGCCCGGGGGCGUGGCUGGCUCUGCCCAAUGGCUCUGGCCUCUCCCUGGGCCGCCCUCCCCACCUGUUGACCAAGCCUGAGGAAGUGCCGCGCCGGCCAGAGCAGGGGCACUGCAGAGGCAUCUGCACCCUCUGAAAAAGAGCUGCCCUCCAGUGUAGCUCUGGAUGUCUCUGGCGGGGUCUGUCCAAGCCCUCUGGGUGGAGACGUGGCUCUGGGGUGUCUAUCUGUGCAGACCUUGCAUGGUUUGUGUGACCGGACCGCAGAGGUCUCCCUGGGCCUGCCUUCGGAUGUGGGUCAUUCCCCAGGGCCAUUUUGAUAAGUGACCUACCACCUCCCUUCCCCAGGGAAGGCUGGGCAGGAGGGAGGCUGCCAGGAGAGGCCAAAGGACAGUCCACACAGUUUCCACAGGCCUCUAAGGCUCCGGAUGGGUGCCCCUUCAUCCACCCGGUCCGUACGGGGACCACCAGCCAAAAACCGUCUCUGGGAGCACUAGCCCUGCCCCCACCAUCGAAACUGUCCUUGACUUUGUCCCCAUAACCUUUCCUUUGUACCCUCCUCUUCCACGUUAGUAUCUGCAGGCUCUCCUGAUGUGGCCCCACGCACACACCUUGCAUCUUCCUGUUCCAGCUCCCCUGCUUGCCCGUGGGUUAGAUCCCACAGGUUCCAUCGGAGGGGGCUGUCGGAACCCUCUGUGGAGCCGGGAUCCCUUCCUGCUUCCCUCUCCCAGCCUGACAUCAUGCUUCCCCAAACCUCAGGACAAGGUAGUCCACACCCUACAUCUUUCUCUCCCCUUCCCUCCAGGCCAGGAAUGGCAAAUACAGGCAGAUUCACUACAUUCUCCUUUCUCGUGCCCUGGCAGACAUCACUAAUCAUUCAUGGCAGUCUUUUUGCACCAAGUCUGGCCGCAACCUCGAUGGUAUCUGCCCGCAUCUCCAGGCAGCCAAUAGCAGCUGAUCCAGGCUGAAGCCACCCAGUUCCGGAGCGUGGACCCAGGAAGUGGUUGAGGGCACUGGGGCAUUGGCCCCAAGUCCUCAAGACCGAAGAGGUUGGUCUGCUGUCAGUCCCGAGGGCAGCCAACCCCCUGCUGGGGAGAGCGUGGUGCAGGGCUGGGGGUGAUGCGCUUACGUCCAGCACCUGUGCGGCAGCAGCACCCAGGCCUUGCAGGUGCAUCUCCCAGUCCCGACAAGGCUUGCACGCCGACCUCUCCGGCCUGGCCUCCGGGGCAGGCAGGAGGUGAGUAGCGGACAGCAGGCCCAGGGCGGGGUAGCCGCCCAGUUCCCCGGGGGGGCUGCGCACAGCAGCUUUCCCGGCUACCUGCCACCCUCCUGGCCGCUGAGCCCAGGAUGCGAGGAUGGCCAGCUCAUCUCUGCCCACUCUGGUGCCUCUGGGCCCUGAGAGCCUGCGCCCCUUCACCCGGGAGUCCCUGGCAGCCAUAGAACGCCGGGCAGUGGAGGAGGAGGCCCGGCAGCAGCGGAACAAGCAGAUGGAGAUUGAGGAGCCUGAAAGGAAGCCACGCAGCGACCUGGAGGCUGGCAAGAGCCUGCCCCUUAUUUACGGGGACCCCCCACCGGAGGUCAUCGGCAUCCCCCUGGAGGACCUGGACCCCUACUACAGCGACAAGAAGACCUUCAUCGUGCUUAACAAGGGCAAAGCCAUCUUUCGCUUCUCUGCCACACCAGCUCUCUACAUGCUGAGCCCUUUCAGCAUCAUCAGACGUGGUGCCAUCAAGGUGCUCAUUCACUCGCUGUUCAGCAUGUUCAUCAUGAUCACCAUCCUGACCAACUGUGUAUUCAUGACCAUGAGCGACCCGCCUUCCUGGUCCAAGCAUGUGGAGUACACAUUCACAGGGAUCUAUACCUUUGAGUCCCUCAUCAAGAUGCUGGCCCGAGGCUUCUGCAUUGACGACUUCACAUUCCUCCGGGACCCCUGGAACUGGCUGGACUUCAGUGUCAUCAUGAUGGCGUACCUGACAGAGUUUGUGGACUUGGGCAAUAUCUCAGCCCUGAGAACCUUCCGCGUGCUGCGGGCCCUGAAAACCAUCACAGUCAUCCCAGGGCUGAAGACGAUCGUGGGGGCCCUGAUCCAGUCGGUGAAAAAGCUGUCGGAUGUGAUGAUCCUCACCGUCUUCUGCCUGAGUGUCUUUGCCCUGGUCGGGCUGCAGCUCUUCAUGGGAAACCUGCGGCACAAGUGCGUGCGCUGGCCCCCACCCUUCAACGACACCAACACCACGUGGUACGGCAACGAUACGUGGUAUGGUAAUGAGACGUGGUAUGGUAACGAGACGUGGUAUGGUAAUGAGACGUGGACGGGCCACGAGAGCUGGGCCAGCAACUAUACCUUUGACUGGGACGCCUACAUCAAUGAUGAAGGGAACUUCUAUUUCCUGGAGGGUGCCAAUGACGCCCUGCUUUGUGGGAACAGCAGCGAUGCUGGGCACUGCCCCGAGGGUUACGAGUGUAUCAAGGCUGGGCGGAACCCCAACUAUGGCUACACCAGCUAUGACACCUUCAGCUGGGCCUUCCUGGCUCUCUUCCGCCUCAUGACACAGGAUUAUUGGGAGAACCUCUUCCAGCUGACCCUCCGAGCAGCUGGGAAGACCUACAUGAUCUUCUUCGUGGUCAUCAUUUUCCUGGGCUCCUUCUACCUCAUCAAUCUGAUCCUGGCAGUGGUGGCCAUGGCAUACGCAGAGCAGAACGAGGCCACCCUGGCUGAGGAUCAGGAGAAAGAAGAAGAGUUUCAGCAGAUGCUGGAGAAAUUCAAAAAGCAGCAGGAGGAGCUGGAGAAGGCCAAGGCCGCCCAGGCUCUGGAAGGCGGGGAGGCAGAUGGGGACCCAGCCCACGGUAAAGACUGCAAUGGCAGCCUAGACACAUCACUGGGGGAGAAGGGGCCUCCAAGGCAGAGCUGCAGCGCAGAUAGCGGUAUCUCUGAUGCUAUGGAAGAGCUGGAAGAGGCCCACCAGAAGUGCCCACCAUGGUGGUACAAGUGUGCCCACAAAGUGCUCAUAUGGAACUGCUGCACCCCAUGGGUGAAGUUCAAGAACAUCAUCCACCUGAUUGUCAUGGACCCCUUUGUGGACCUGGGCAUCACCAUCUGCAUCGUGCUCAACACCCUCUUCAUGGCCAUGGAGCAUUACCCCAUGACAGAGGAGUUUGACAACGUGCUCACCGUGGGCAACCUGGUUUUCACAGGCAUCUUCACAGCAGAGAUGGUACUGAAGCUCAUCGCCCUGGACCCCUACGAGUACUUCCAGCAGGGCUGGAACAUCUUCGACAGUAUCAUCGUCACCCUCAGCCUGGUGGAGCUGGGCCUGGCCAACGUGCAGGGACUGUCCGUGCUCCGCUCCUUUCGGCUGCUGCGUGUCUUUAAGCUGGCCAAGUCGUGGCCAACGCUGAACAUGCUCAUCAAGAUCAUCGGCAACUCAGUGGGCGCGCUGGGCAACCUGACGCUGGUGCUGGCCAUCAUCGUGUUCAUCUUUGCCGUCGUGGGCAUGCAGCUGUUCGGCAAGAGCUACAAGGAGUGUGUGUGCAAGAUCGCCGCGGACUGUAGCCUGCCCCGCUGGCACAUGCACGACUUCUUCCACUCCUUCCUCAUCGUCUUCCGCAUCCUGUGCGGGGAGUGGAUCGAGACCAUGUGGGACUGCAUGGAGGUGGCCGGCCAGGCCAUGUGCCUCACCGUCUUCCUCAUGGUCAUGGUCAUCGGCAACCUAGUGGUCCUGAACCUCUUCUUGGCUCUGCUGCUGAGCUCCUUCAGCGCCGACAGCCUGGCAGCCUCAGAUGAGGACGGCGAGAUGAACAACCUGCAGAUCGCCAUUGGGCGCAUCAAGUGGGGCAUCGGCUUUGCCAAAGCCUUUCUCCUGGGGCUGCUGCGCGGCAAGAUCCUGAGCCCCAAGGAAAUCAUGCUCAGCCUCGGGGGGCCCGAGGAGGCCGGGGCGGCAGAGGAGGCUGGGGAGAGUGCCUCGGAGGAUGAGAAGAAGGAGCCGCCGCCCGAGGAGGAUGACAAGGACCUGAAGAAGGACAAUCACAUCCUGAGCCACGUGGGCCUGGUGGACGGCUCUCCCCCCAGCAUUGAGCUGGAUCACCUCAACUUCAUCAACAACCCCUACCUGACCAUUCACGUGCCCAUCGCCUCCGAGGAGUCCGACCUGGAGAUGCCCACGGAGGAGGACACCGACACUUUCUCGGAGCCGGAGGAUGGCAAGCAGCCACCGCAGCCCCUCGAUGGGAACUCCUCCGUCUGCAGCACCGCCGACUAUAAGCCCCCCGAGGAAGACCCCGAGGAGCAGGCUGAAGAGAACCCCGAAGGGGAGCAGCCUGAGGAGUGCUUCACAGAGGCCUGUGUGCAACGCUGCCCUUUCCUCUACGUGGACAUCUCCCAGGGCCGCGGGAAGAUGUGGUGGACCCUCCGCAGGGCCUGCUUCAAGAUCGUCGAGCAUAACUGGUUCGAGACCUUCAUUGUCUUCAUGAUCCUGCUCAGCAGCGGGGCCUUGGCCUUCGAGGACAUUUACAUCGAGCAGCGGCGGACCAUCCGCACCAUCUUGGAGUAUGCCGACAAGGUUUUCACCUACAUCUUCAUCCUGGAAAUGCUGCUCAAGUGGGUGGCCUACGGCUUCAAGGUGUACUUCACCAAUGCCUGGUGCUGGCUUGACUUCCUCAUUGUGGAUGUCUCCAUCAUCAGCCUGGUGGCCAACUGGCUGGGCUACUCGGAGCUGGGACCCAUCAAAUCCCUGAGGACGCUGCGAGCCCUGCGUCCCCUGAGGGCGCUGUCCCGAUUUGAGGGCAUGAGGGUGGUGGUGAAUGCCCUCUUGGGAGCCAUCCCCUCCAUCAUGAACGUGCUGCUUGUCUGCCUCAUCUUCUGGCUCAUCUUCAGCAUCAUGGGCGUCAACCUGUUUGCUGGCAAGUUCUACUACUGCAUCAAUACCACCACCUCUGAGAGGUUUGACGUCUCUGAGGUCAACAACAAGUCUGAGUGUGAAAGCCUGAUGCACACAGGCCAGGUCCGCUGGCUCAACGUCAAAGUCAACUAUGACAAUGUGGGUCUAGGCUACCUCUCCCUCCUGCAGGUGGCCACCUUCAAGGGCUGGAUGGACAUCAUGUAUGCAGCUGUGGACUCCCGGGAGAAGGAGGAACAGCCACAGUAUGAGGUGAACAUCUACAUGUACCUCUAUUUUGUCAUCUUCAUCAUCUUCGGGUCCUUCUUCACCCUCAACCUCUUUAUUGGCGUCAUCAUCGACAACUUCAACCAGCAGAAGAAGAAGUUUGGAGGGAAAGACAUCUUCAUGACGGAGGAACAGAAGAAAUACUAUAAUGCCAUGAAGAAGCUUGGCUCCAAGAAGCCUCAGAAGCCAAUUCCCCGGCCCCAGAACAAGAUCCAGGGCAUGGUGUAUGACUGCGUGACUAAGCAGGUGUUCGACAUCACGAUCAUGAUCCUCAUCUGCCUCAACAUGGUCACCAUGAUGGUGGAGACAGACGACCAGAGCCAGCUCAAAGUGGACAUCCUGUACAACAUCAACAUGGUCUUCAUCAUCAUCUUCACCGGGGAGUGUGUGCUCAAGAUGCUCGCCCUGCGCCAGUACUAUUUCACCGUCGGCUGGAACAUCUUCGACUUUGUGGUUGUCAUCCUGUCCAUUGUGGGACUCGCGCUCUCCGAUCUGAUCCAGAAAUACUUCGUGUCACCCACACUGUUCCGAGUGAUCCGCCUGGCGCGGAUCGGGCGUGUCCUGCGGCUGAUCCGCGGGGCCAAGGGCAUCCGGACUCUGCUCUUUGCCCUCAUGAUGUCCCUGCCUGCCCUCUUCAACAUCGGCCUCCUCCUCUUCCUGGUCAUGUUUAUCUACUCCAUCUUCGGCAUGUCCAACUUUGCCUAUGUCAAGAAGGAGUCGGGCAUCGAUGACAUGUUCAACUUUGAGACCUUUGGCAACAGCAUCAUCUGCCUCUUCGAGAUCACCACGUCGGCUGGCUGGGAUGGGCUCCUCAACCCCAUCCUCAACAGCGGGCCCCCUGACUGUGACCCUACACUCGAAAACCCAGGCACCAGUGUCAGGGGCGACUGUGGCAACCCCUCCAUCGGCAUCUGCUUCUUCUGCAGCUACAUCAUCAUCUCCUUCCUCAUCGUGGUCAACAUGUACAUUGCCAUCAUCCUGGAGAACUUCAAUGUGGCCACUGAGGAGAGCAGCGAGCCCCUUGGCGAGGACGACUUUGAGAUGUUCUACGAAACGUGGGAGAAGUUUGACCCUGACGCCACGCAGUUCAUUGCCUACAGCCGCCUCUCUGACUUUGUGGACACCCUGCAGGAGCCACUGAGAAUCGCCAAGCCCAACAAGAUCAAGCUCAUCACGCUGGACCUGCCCAUGGUGCCAGGGGACAAGAUCCACUGCCUGGACAUCCUCUUUGCCCUCACCAAGGAAGUCCUAGGUGACUCUGGGGAAAUGGACGCCCUCAAGGAGACCAUGGAGGAGAAGUUCAUGGCAGCCAACCCCUCCAAAGUCUCCUAUGAGCCCAUCACCACCACCCUCAAGAGGAAGCAUGAGGAGGUGUGUGCCAUCAAGAUCCAGAGGGCCUACCGCCGGCACCUGCUCCAGCGCACUGUGAAGCAGGCAUCCUACAUGUACCGCCACAGCCAGGACGGCAGUGGGGAUGGGGGUCCUGAGAAGGAGGGCCUGAUCGCCAACACCAUGAGCAAGAUGUAUGGCCACGAGAAUGGGAACAGCAGUGUGCAGAGCACAGGUGAGGAAAAGGGCUCAACAGGGGACUCUGGACCUUCCAUAGGACUCACACCCAUCAGCCCCUCAGACGCUGCCCUCCCUCCUUCCCCAUCCCCAGGGCAGACAGUGCGCCCGGGGGUCAAGGAAUCUCUCGUCUAGGCAGUAACGAGGUGGCCAGCUGAGCCUGGCACAGCCCCAAAGCUCCCUCAUGGUGCCUGCUCACUGAGGGAGCAGGGCUUUGAGUCUGCGACUGAUCGGCUCUCUGUUGGGGACAGGAUUUGGUCAUGCUGGGGCUGACACCCAGGCCAUGGAAAAUGGGAAUUGCACUCAGAGGCUCCACACUGGGCCUGAGGCUCCAGCUUCCAUGAUUUCUCAUUUCAAGUUGUCCUCACCUCCUCAUGGGCCCUGCUGCCUCUCCUCUUGGGGGGAGGUCAGAACACCAGAAUCUCUGCCCCCCACGUUGGGGAGGAGCCAGCCUACGAUGGAUGGGUUAGCUGCCCUCCUGCCACCAGAGUCUUAAGGGCUAUAGGCCUCUCCUCAGGAAGUGGCUCAGCCCCUCCCCCCCCAGACCCCUCCUGGAUAAAGAUAUAUUUUAAAGAUUUUAUUUUUAAGUAAUCUCCACACCUCACGUGGGGCUCGAACUCACAACUCCGAGAUCAAGAGUCGCAGGCUCCACUGACUGAGCCAGCCAGGCACUCCCUGGAUAAAGAUGUCUUAACCUCAGUGAGAGUGGACACCUGACCCCAGGGGCCUACCAGCCCGCCCCCCCAGCUGGGACAUAGCUUCAUCCUGCCAGCUCAUGGAUUCCCUGGAGAAGGGAAACGUCACUGGUCCAGAAAUUUCUCCCCAAGUCUGAUUGGCCCCUGGAUCCUAAUGCAUCUGGCUGGGGUUGUGGCCCCUGAAACCAUUUCCUGCUUUGUCCAUUGUGCAGGCCCCUGGCUCCCCUGGCUGGCCCCUAGGGGAAGAGCGGACGGAGGGUUCCACUUGAGAAUUGUCUUUUUCUAGGAAGCAUGGAUGGCUGGGAUAGGUUGGGUGUUGUCAGCUGCAUCACUGCACUGGAGGCUUUCUUGGCCUGAACACCCAGACCUGGGGCGGGGCAGGGACCCUGGAGCUCCGGAGGUAGAUUUCUGUUCCCUCCCUCCCUUCUUCACUCCUCCAUUAGUGCCACAGGGCUCUUUGUGGCCUCACCAAGCCCUGAGAUGCCCUCAUCCCCCACCACAUCUCUCUUUUCCUUCCUCCUCAUCCUCUUCUUCCCCAUCCUCAAAGUGAUCCUAAGAGUGUUGUCGUUGCUCCCGUGUUAGAGAUUUCAACACUGGGACACGCACAGCUCUCCUGGCUCAGGCCCAACCUUCCAACUUCCAUUUUUGUUGGCACCACUGAUCCGGGCAUGGCAGAACCAGCCAGGCCUCUGCUGGCUCCCGGAGCUCAGAGGAGGCAGGGAGACACCUGCACAGGUGUCAUUGGAUUUAUUCACUUGUGUGUGUGCCUUGUGUCUGCCUCACACCUAUGUGUACAGCUGUGUGUGUGCGUUCAAGUACGUGAAGUGCUACGUCCUGUCUCUGCAAGUGUGUACCAUGUCAGCGUGCCCCUGUAGUCUGACUGGUGUGUGUGUGUGUGUGUGUGUGUGUCUGUCUGUCUGUCUGUCUCCUGUGCAGGCCUGUUGGUGUGGUGUGCCUGUGCUAUAUGUGGAUAAGUGUGAACGUGUGUGGGCAGGUUUGCACGUUGAGUCCCUGUUGACCUUAAGUUCCUCUUCUCUUUCUUCUUGUUUCUUGUGAACAGUUUGAUUAAAACUCAGGAAGCAGCAAAACCUCCAAAACAAUGUGUGUGUGUGUGUGUGUGUGUGUGUGCGCGCGCGCGCGCAUACACGCUCGUGCGUUCCCGUGGCUGGAGCCUUCCUUUCUGUCUGCCCUGCUCGCUGGCCUCCUUGCCACCCGCUCUCCCUUCCUCCUAGUCUCUUUAUCACACCCAUUUGUCCCAGCCCUGCUCCCUGUCUCUUGCCUGUGUCCUCUGUGGAAGGAGGCCCUACUCCUUCCAUCUUCCUGCACAAGUUCUGUCUCUUCCUGCAGAAGGUGCAUCCUACAGAGGGCAGCCUCCUCCCUGACCAGCACCCUGCCCAUGCCCCUUCCCUCCUCAGGCCCCAAACUAGGGUGGCCCCAAGAGCCUCAGCAUCCCAACGGGAUACUUGCCAUUGGACUGCAUCCAGAUUGCAGAGCCUCCCCUGCCCGUGGCCCCCUCCCCCACACGUCCACAUCCAUUCCCACUCUGGGUGGGAACAGGCCCAAGCCAGGCUGGCAGGCAGGCUCCUUUGUACAGUUCUUAUAAUAAACCUCCCCCUGGUGCCUCUCA